AUGCCCGACUCUGGCAGCGAUAACCCCGAAGCUGGGCCAAAGGGAGAGAACAAGAGCCCUGUAGCCAGCAGAUUCACGACGGAGAUUGAUACGCGAUGGGGUGAUAUUCUGCUGCUCAUUUGCUUCUUCGUGGCUGGUCUCGUUGAUAGCGCUGCGUUCAACAUGUACGGCUGUUUCGUCAGUAUGCAAACAGGAAACACAAUCUUUGUUGGCCUAGGCGUCAGCCAUCAACCCGAGAAUCUACCUGGAAAAGCAUGGUCUCGCUGUUUUCUCGCCAUUGUUUGCUUCGCCUUUGGAGCUCUCUUCUUCUCAAGCUUCCAUCGAUACUUCGGACCUCAGAAGCGUUGGGUUCUCAUCACGUCAUUCCUCAUCCAGGCUCUUCUCACUGGCCUUGUCGCCAUCCUCGCCACGACCGGCGCUGUCUACAAUCAUCCCCACGGUCGGGAGACUGUGCACGAGAAUGGCUGGAUUAUCGAGAGAGUCCAGGACUCAUUCCCAGCAACUGACUACGCUGCCAUCAUCAUCCUCGCUUUCCAGAGCGCAGGCCAGAUUGUUGCCAGCCGUGUCCUCAAGUACAACGCCAUGCCGACCAUUGUCCUGACAAGUUUGUACUGCGAUAUGAUGAGCGAUGCAAAGCUCUUCACUGCUCCUAUCAACGAUAAUGCCGAUCGAAACCGAAGAGCGACCGGAGCUGUGCUUCUCUUCGCUGGUGCUGUUUCCGGUGGUUUCCUAUCCAAGUCUUGGGUUGGGUUCGCCGGAGCGCUCUGGAUUGCGGCGUUCCUUAAGUUGUGUAUCACUUUCGCUUGGGUUCUUUGGAAGCCCAAGUCCUCCAACAAGUAG